AAUUUUUAUCUGUAUAAGUGCGGUCACGCUGUUCAUAAGGUUUGUUGCGUCUAGCGCUUGUUUUUAAUUAAAAUUAUAAUUAGUUAAAUGGCGGACGAUUUACAAAACUACAAAUUGCAGUUGCAACAGGUUGAAGCAGCUCUUCAAACUGACCCAGAAAAUGACGAACUUUUAAAACUCAGAAGUGAUCUUGGCGAAGUCAUUACUCUUACUCGCGAUCUAAUACAAACUCAACUAGAAGAACAACAUAAAUCCUCAUAUGUGGAGCCGUCUUCAAGUAAAACAGCGUCCUCUAAUUAUUUCGACGAAAUUGAAGCUGCACUUUUAGAAGCAGAAAAAUUAGUCUCAGCUGCUAAGAUUUGGAAGAUUGGGGACAAGUGUCAAGCUAAAUGGAAAGAAGAUCGUCAGUACUACGACGCAACUAUUGAAGAUAUAUCAAGCAAAGGCGAAGUCAAUGUAAUAUUUGAUGCCUAUCAAAAUAGAUCUACGACAAAUGUGAACGAGCUGCGAGAACGCACUACUCGCAACGAAGUUUUUCCUUCCAACAAGCGUCAUAGGCCCAAUCAAAAAGAAUACUUAAAAAAACGGAAGCAAAAAAAACAACAGCGAUUCAAGGACUUGGAAGAGGAACGUGAAUCCGACAAAAAUAAAUGGCUAAACUUCACCACUAAAAAUCAAAAAAAAAACGGUAUAAAGGCAAAAAGUAUAUUCGCCUCUCCAGAUAACGUAAGCGGCAGAGUAGGAGUCGGUACGUGUGGGACUGCAGGAAAAGGAAUGACUGAUUUUACUGUGGGCGAAAAAUAUAGAAAGGGUCUUUAAUUUCGGUUAAAAUAAAAUGUAAAAAACACUUAGAUAUUUAUAUUUGUUGUUGUUAUAGAAACAAAAAAGUAGGAAACGCUAAAGUCGAGUGCAUCAACUAUCAGAUACCCGUUACUCAUCUAACCAACUUCAAAAUAAACUUGCAUGCAGUUCCACAAUUGAGCACAAGCGCCCAAUCAUCACGAAGUCGACUGCGACGUCGGCUGAGCAACCAGCGACGCCGGCAUAGCAGCCAGAGCUGAGCGCAACGGCGGCAAAGCAGACUCGCUCUCAG